AACACGAAGGAUGUUUUACGCUUACCUCCUUCUCAAUAAGCGGGGGGUCCUGUCCAAGAUCUGGAUGGCGGCCCACUGGGAGAAGAAGCUGACCAAGGCUCAUAUAUACGAGUGCAACCUGGAGAGCGCCAUUCAGAGCAUCAUUACCCCCAAGGUGACUAUCGCCCUUAGGACGUCCGGCCACCUGCUCAUCGGGGUCGUUCGCAUUUACCACAGAAAGGCAAAGUAUCUUCUAGCUGAUUGCAACGAGGCUCUUGUCAAAAUGAGUAUGGCCUUCUGCCCAGGCACUCUGGAUCUCUCCGACAACCAGGAAGCGUCCUACAAAUCCAUCACCCUGCCUGAAGAAUUCCCAGAGUUCGAUGUCCAGCUGCCGGAUGUAAAUGUCAUUGACGUUGUCGACUACUUCACGCUGAACCAGAGCAGAACGGAAGACAUCACACUCCAAGAGGAUUAUAGCCAGGACCUGACACUUUGUCGAGGCUUCGGGGAGCAGCUGGACGCCUUCAGAGGAGACAGUUAUUUUGACGGCAGUUUUGAAAUGAGUUCGAGCAGCUUCCAGCUCAACAGGAGCUCCGCGACGCUGACUGCCGAGGGGAGAGACCCCUUUACCCAGGACUGUUUCGGAGACGAGGGACUGAUGACGGACUUCUUCGACGACAAACCUUUGACUGACGGCCUCAACCAGGACAUUCUGGACAUGGGUAACGAGGUCCUUCUCCCGCCUGUGUCUGCCGCAGAGGAGAUGCGAUUGGGAGAGACACCGGUUCCUGCCGAGCCGGAGGAAAUGCAUCCGAUUAUCUACAGCGCACCUCUCCUGUCCGGGGAGCAGGACAGCUUAGUUCUGGAACCAGUGGAAGUUUCAGGUACUGAGCACCCCAGAGGAAUGAGUUUGGGGGGGACCGGCAUAACAAGGCUUACGGGGUAUAAAGCAGACUCCCCUUGUUCUUCAGCAGCUUUGCAGAUGAGGAGGAAAAAGAAGAAUAGAAACCCGAUUGUGGACAAGAUGAAGGAAUUGGCCAGCGAUUAUAUACGCCAGCAGCUCCUGGACUUCUCUGACACAGUGACCUCCGUGGACAUCGCGCCUUCGACCCGGAAACUGAUGGACUGGAAGACGACGGGGGGAGUGGAAUGGCUGCUCUGCCACCCCUGCCAGCUGACGAUCAGCGCCGACCUACAACUGCUCUUCACACGCUGUCUAAGAAAACACAGGAGUGUCCAGGAGGAUCAGACAGAGUCUCAGGCAGAGAUUGAGAUAACGCGCCUGGAAAAGGAUGUGACGGAUUUACCACGACUAGAGGAUCCGAGUUACCUGCAGGAGUCCAGACUGACAGAUGCCAGCUCCUGUGCAGAGGAGACCCCGCAGAUACACGACGAUGAAUCGGGUGAUCCCCCGUGUAGUGACUUUCUGGGUCCUGCACCGGACCGUCUGCCGGAGGAACUUCUCGAGACAGUGGAGGAUGCUCAGGACAGUGAGGAGCAUAGAUGGAACAAAAGGACGCAGGAGAUGCUGCGUAACCUGAGAAAACUGAAUCAGACAGGAAGGACCUCCUUCAGUCUGCUGAAACUCUGCAAGAACAAUUCAAGGAGAGAAGCUUCGGCCAAAUUCUACAGCUUUCUGGCGCUAAAGAAACAGUCCGCACUUGAGCUGAGACAGAACGCGCCAUAUAGUGACAUCAUAGCCAGCCCAGGGUCCGGAUUCUAUAGCUCUUGACUGUUCAACCUUUUGGCACUCAUGAUUAUCGGACGUUCUGUCCAAGGAACGUUAAAUGGAACUUUUAUGCUUUUGAUUGCAGCCGGGGGAACCCCAAUUCCAGAAUGUGUGCCCAAAGAUUAAUGCAGGGCGCUGGCUUUGGAGAAGAGGGUCAAUGGUUUUCAUGGUGGGAAAAUAUCUUGGGUUGACGUCUGUUUGUCCGACUUGUUACAUUGUUUACGUAUUCUCUGUGUAUCCAAGAUAAUUGGCAAAAAAUGUGUAUUUAUAAACAAAGAAUAUUCUUUGGCAUU